CGUUAUGUACGUCAUAAAGACUACCUCAACAGCUUGGUUGGCCAGGACUGAAAUGAAUUUACAAUGUUGAAUGAUGCAUUGCCCAACAAACUGCAUAUAAUGGAUCUAAUUUACUGAAAGAAAGAUGGAUCGUAAUGAUGAGAGAAUCAAAAGAGCUUUAAGACGCCGCCCUUAUGUGUUGAAACCAGUUAGGGUGAACACCCCUGAUUCCGUGUUGUGGCCAACCGGCAAGGUGCACAGAAGGCCAAAGCCUUCUAAUUCAGUGCAGACCCCUCAGAUCCACAAAAGGCCUCCAAUCAUUGUGAGCUAUGGGCAGGACCAGACAUCUGGGGAUGGAUGGAGCAUCAAUCCAGAGCCUCUCAGCCAGUCUGGAAGAGUGACUCGGCUAAUAGAGAGAAAAUAUCAUGACGUGAUCUCAUCCUCCAGUUCUGAUGACUUUUCCAUCUACUCCUUCACUGACUGUGAAUCUGAGUGUGAUGAUGAGGAUCAUGAAAGGAGGACAUCAAAGCUGAAAGUUGAGAAUGGAAAGGUGACAAAGCUUGAUGUGAGGGAUAUGGACAAGGAUGAUGAUCUGUCUCUCCACUCCUUUGAUGAGUCAGACUUCCUGAGCCCAGGGGAGGUCUCAGGUCCUGUAUCUGUCAAGAAUGGCCUCUCUCCUCUUGUAACCUCAGCACACUGGACACUGGCUGAAACCCUACGGGCCCUGCCCUCUGCUGUAGGCUCUCCCUACCCAGUAAAUGUUCCAAGGCCUCGGACUCCUCUCAACCCUGUCGCUCCGCCCCGAACAGAGAACUUCCCAUACCGCCACUGCCCUCGCCUGGCUCCCAUCACCAACCUGAGCGAGACCGGCAGGAAGCUGCUCCAGGAAAUGGCUGGAGUGGCCCCACAGGAAGGGAAGUUCAAUAAGAAAAAGAAGGGCAAGGCCAAAAAAGAAUUGAAGCAAGAGAAGGCCAGUAAGAUGCAACAGAUGGGAAAUGUUGGAGAAAGUAAGGAGGAGGACAAGAAAGAGGAAAAGAAGAGUCUGAGGAAGAGGUGAGGAAAUAGAGGAGAGAGAAGUGGAACAUAACCAGGGAAUACUAGACUAGAGAAUUAUAGAAAUAGAA